AUGGUCUUCUCAUAUCAAGAGAAACCCUAGAGUCUAAAUUUUAUAGGUUAUUUAUCCUAAACUUAAGAUUUUAUAGUACCUUAAACAAAUAAUGAAUGCCAGAAAAAGAGAGAGAAUUUUAUGGUGCAAAUUCGAAGAUACAAAAAAGAAGAGAAGCUAACUUAAAUGAGAGAUAAAACUUCUUCCUCGUAGCAACAUCCUUCAAUCUUCGGCAAAAGAGGUCUUUAUAUUUAAUCUACCUAGGCAAAUCCUUAAUCCAGUAUUAGUAACUCAGGCAAAUCCAUUUUAGGGUCUAUUUAGAUUAUUGACCAGAAUAUUAAGCAUGAUAUGCUGACAUAAUUAGGCAAGCUUUUUGCGAUGUUUGAGUUUUAAAAUCGAAAUGAUUUUGAGGUUGAUCUCCUCAACUAAAUGACCUAUAUAAUUGAUCUGCUUGACGUUAGAAAUGACUGUGAAGUUGUUAAUGUUAUUUUGAGAUACUAAUUUAUCUUCACAAGAUUACUGAAAAUAACACAAUCACAAAAGACCUUUUAUGCUAAUUAAAUGUACUCUCAAAAAGAAAUCUUGACUUAAUUCUUGAGGCUAAUCUUUCAUUUGUCCUUAAAUUUGUCAAAACUUGAGAAAGAAAAUUCUAUAUUUAUAAUACUGGAGACUCUUGGAAAAUUUGAUUUUAAUCAUAUUUCUCAGGACUCAUUUUACACUCUACUAAGAUUUAUUGAUAACUUGACAUAAGAUAAUACUAGCAUUACUUGCUUAGUAAAUAAUCUUUUGAUGGAUAGCGUCAUUCAAUUGAUUAUUAGGGAGAUUACUAAAAAAUAGGAAGAAAAAAUAAUGAAGUACUGUUUUAAGGUAAUAGGAAACUUAGUAUCUGUAGAUUAAGAAUAAUCUCACGAGGAUAUGAUUAGAACAGGUCUGAUUGAAUCAGUAGAAUCCCUUGAUCAAAUUAAAUAUUCUAAUCCAAAGAUAAAAUGUGAGAUUUGUUGGAUAAUUUUCAAUCUGAUAACUUCUAAGAGCAUGCUUGCCAGAGAAUAUAUUUCUUAAAGUGACUAGAUAGUUCAUAUUCUUUACAAUUAUCUUGAUUAUCAUCAUAGCUAAGAUGUUCAACUUAUUCGUCAAAGUUUAAUUUGCUUAAUUUCAAUCUUGAAUUAUAAACCUGCAAAAAUGGUUGAUUGGCUAAAUAAUCAAGAGAGUUAUUUACAACAAUUUUUACAAUUGCUUAAUUCAUUGAAACAGAUUAAAGAGUAAGAAGUAAUUAUUCUUCAAAUUGAUUUGAUUUGGAAUAUACUAGAAUUUGAAUGUAAAAUGAAUUCAAAAGAUUUUAUCAGGUCUUUCUAGAAAAAGGGUGGAUUCCAGAUAAUUGAGGAAAUGAGAAACGAUAGUAAUGAUAAUUUGCAAAAAUAAUGCCAAGACUUCCUUGCCAAAUUUGAUCAAUCAGAAAAUCAUACUUAAAAUCAAGUUAACUUAUUUGAAAUCCUAAGGCAGAGUGCAUUUCAAUGA